AUGAACCGUAGCAACACGUAUCACCAUAACACACCGUAUAACCGUAACGCCCCGCCGGCGGGCCCCAACGCCGCGCGGUGGACAGGCGUGACGAGCUGGGGCGGUACCGGCGGCCCAGUGCACGUCUCCAACAAGCCGCCUGAGCAGGUGGGCGUGUUCAAGCGCGCGCCGACCCCCGAGGCGGUGCCGACUCCGCGUGCUGCGCCGUCGCAGAAGAAGGCGAAGGUGGACCACGACAGCGGCUCGGAGUUUGGCGACGACGAUCUCGACCACACGGUCAUCGACUCCCUUCUCAUCCCCUACGAGCAUCGCAAGCCCGAGACGCCGGAGCACAACGCACCCGCUGUGGCCCACACGAUCAAGAACUGGCGCGAGGAAGGUGCACCUCCCAAGCGCGCCGCCGAGACCCUCUCCGACCCCAGGACGCCGAAGAGCAGCAAGACCACUCGCGUGGCCGAGGCCAAGACCCCCACGCAGUCCAAGACCGCGGCACAGCGCUCCACUUCUCUCCCUGAGACGCCGGUGUCCAAGCCUCACUACGAGGUCAACUUGCGUACCCCGCUCCCCGCAGCUCCGUCAUGCGGGCACACCCAUUGCCAGUGUGCAGGGGCGGUCGACGCAGCAGGGCGCAACAAGAUCACGGACGCCGUGUUCGAGGCGUGCUCGCCCAGCGAGCCCGGGUUAUGCUGGGACAAGCUGCCUUCCGUCGUCAAGCUGGUCGACACGUCCGGCAUGUGCACGAUCCACCGGUACGCGGCGAGCAUGGCGCGCAGUAUCGGUACGCUUCGACGCGAGUUGGAGGCCGCGCGUGGGCGAAAGCGCGCGGCGAUGGAGGCAAGGACCAAGCUGCGCGUCAAGGGCGACCUGUGGCGCGAGCUGGACGGGGGCUGGGGCGCGCACGACGAGGACGAGCUGCUCGCGCUCUCCCUCCGCUUGCACGACCAGGAGAAGGUGUAUGCGGCUCUCGUGCGCAUGCGCCUGCCUGUCGGGUGGAAGGGCGACGGCUGCGAGCACGACAACCACACGACCAAGCCCGAGAACUGGCUCCCCCUCCCGGCGCACCUCUGCCCCGCCAAGCACACCAACAGGCAGUGCUACUUCCGCCUACCCGACUUCCUCCCCGUGGCCGUGACGCGCUCGACGUGCGCGCAGCACCGCAAGAUUGUCGCGACGAUUCUGCACAUCAACUGCAUGCGUGUCGCGAUUGACACUGUGCGCUCGCGCGGCGUCGGCGUCGACGACGCGUGGAUCGAGGCGCUGGUUGCGGCUAUGAUGGAGCACGAUGCGCUUGUGCUUGCGCAGGGCUUUUAG